CCAGUGCAGCAUUUCAUGGUGCAGGGUGUAAACGCGCGCUGCCAUCUGCCUCGAUCGGUGCUCUCAGCAACCCUCACACAUGAAAGCCCGACAAGAAAGAUGCCGCCAGCUCUCAAGAUCCAGGCAUUGUUCUGCGUGUGGCUGUGCUGCCUGUGUCAAACGGGUCAUUUAAAAAAGCCUUUCCGAUGUCCUUCAACAUGCAGCUGCUCCAAGGAGUCUAUCAUUUGCGUCGGGUCCUCGUACAUCCUAAAACUGACCCCCAACGAAAUCAAUUCUUUGAGUAUCGUGAAUGGGACGUUCACCGAGCUCAAAGAGGCAAUGUUUGCCCACAUACCCUCUCUCCAGCUAUUACUUUUGAAUUCCAAUUCCCUAACAACUAUAAGGGAUGAUGCAUUCUCAGGCCUUCCACAUCUGGAGUACCUGUUCAUCGAGAGUAAUAAACUAGAGACAACAUUCAAAUAUGCCUUCAGAGGACUCAGGGACCUGACUCACUUGUCUUUGGCAAACAACAACAUUAAAGCCUUACCCAGGGACCUCUUCAUUGACCUUGACUCCCUUAUAGAGCUGGACCUGCGAGGCAAUGCCUUUGAAUGUGACUGCAGAGCCAAGUGGCUUAUGACGUGGUUAAAGAACACCAAUGCCACAGUGUCGGAUGUCUUGUGUGCUGGACCGGAGGACAUGAAGGGCAAGCGCCUCAAUGAUAUGACCAGCCUGCAAAAUGAGUGCGUCUCAACGGAUUUCAUCCUUCAUCAGUCUCUUGACUCAGAAUCUUUGUCUGUCGACACAUUCAGCUAUAAGAAUGAUGUCUACGUGGCUAUUGCUGCUCCCAGCACAGAGAGCUGUAUGCUUUUCCAGUGGGACCACAUAGAAAUGAACUUCAGGACUUAUGAUAACAUCACAGGUCAGUCCAUUGUGGGGUGCAAGUCUGUUAUCAUCCAGAAUGAGGUGUUUGUCAUUGUGGCUCAACUCUUCGGUGGUUCCCACAUUUACAAAUUUGAUGAGGACCAAAGUAGGUUCAAUAAGUUCCAGGAGAUUGAGGUGUCCAAGAUCUCAAAGCCUAAUGAUAUUGAGGCCUUCCAGAUUGGCUCUGACUGGUUCUUUGUGAUUGCUGACAGCUCGAAAGCUGGCCUUUCUACCCUCUACAAGUGGAAUGAUAAUGGCUUUUAUUCAUACCAGUCACUGCAUGAGUGGUACCGCGACACCGAUGUAGAGUUCUUGGACUUGGAUGGGAAGGCUCACCUUAUUCUGGCAAGCCGGUCACAGGUUCCCGUGAUCUACCAGUGGAGCCGGAACAACCAGAAGUUUGUCCUGCAGGGCGAGAUCCCCAACAUGGAGGAUGUCGUAGUUGUGAAACACUUCCGGAUCAAGGAGGAACUCUAUCUGGCUAUGACGCGGUAUAUUGGUGAUUCCAAAGUUCUACGUUGGGGUGCCAAACAAUUUGCUGAGAUCCAAGCUUUGCCCUCACGAGGCUCCAUGAUCCUCCAGCCGUUCUCUUUCAAAGAACGUUACUACCUGGCUCUGGGAAGUGAUUACACCUUCUCACAAAUAUACCUGUGGGAUGAGGACAACAAACUCUUCGAUCGCUUUAAGGAGGUGUACAUUCAGGCCCCUCGCUCUUUCACCGUGGUAUCUACUGACCGCAGGGACUUCAUUUUUGCCUCUAGCUUCAAGGGAAACACGCAGAUCUUUGAGCACAUUAUCAUCGACCUGAGCUUGUGAGGGGCUGUGCCUUAUUGUCCCUUCUGAAAUCACAUGUCUUCCGCUUGAAAGACAAAUUCAUGAAGGAAAAAAGAAGAAAGGAUAAGACCUUGUGAACUGUUAAAUAUCAACUCCUUCAUAGUUUUCUCUCACAGAUUAGAGCAGGGUCAAGAUGUAUCGUGACUAUUUCUCAAUGGCCUUGCACUCAUGGGUCCUCAGACCGUCACUGGUACUACCAUUUCAGAACUACUUCUGUUCAUAUCACUGAAUUUCAUGAAGGUGUAAAAAAAUGAGAAAUAUAAUUUUAUCUAUUUGAAUGCAUCUUUUUUUGUUUGUUUAAUAUCCCUUUCCUAAUAGUUUUAUACAGCUAAAAUAAUACAUCAGGACCUGAGAGAAAGUAACAAAUGCAUUCUCAUUUGUGGCUACUGAAGAUGGAACAGAUGAGUGUGGCACCUACCUUGUAUCCUCAUACCCUGUGGUAAUGUACAGUACCUUGCCUUAUCAGCACUGGGGUCUUUUAUUUGAUGGUUCCACAGUGCCUCCCUCUGGCCGUGAUCAAGUUCCACACCCCUCUGCUCUUUCCAUUACAGGGAAUGUCUUGAAAGCACAAACCUUUAAUUAUCAUAGCUGAGAUCGUAGAGUGUAGUUGUCUGUUGAAAAAUGUCUUGGUAGGUGCUGUAGAUUAUACUGCAUACAGUAAGAAGCAGCGGUUUGUCGUUUCAGCCGACUGGAUCUAACUAAUACCAUCUUAUACAAAUUCAUUAAUGGAGAAUUGCCAUUUAGAUACAACUUCUAGAUUUGCUGUACUGUAAGUGGCAAAGUAGACAGAAACUUAGUUUAUCGGUAGCGCAAAGGACCUACUGACAUGUUAAAAAAAAAUCAAAGCUGCCCAAUUAACAAUAUUAACCUUUUUUUUUUUUCCUUUUUACUAACAGCUGAAGUCAGAAGCAUCAGAGGCAUACUUUGCUUGUCCAAAAGAAAGGCAAAAACAUUUAUAUGUAAAUAGAGCUCUUGGUGAUGAGAAGCCUUUUCAGAUUUUCAUUCUGCUUUUGGAAAUACUGAAUGCUGACGAGCUCCAACAUGUACAUAAACCAUGGAUUGUAAUGCCACUACCUGUUCUGAAUGGAUCUUUGCACUCACAAAACUCAGAUGUUACUGCAGCCUGCAAGAGCAUGACAUUCAAAAGAGGGUGUUUGCCAAAUUCUUUUCAGAUAAACCUAACAAAGUCUAAAAGUGCUUCUAGGUGAACGAUAU